AUAAUAUACUCGUUCGUAGCACCUCUUCACAGUGAGCUCUGCAGCUUGCUAAUUUUCUUCUUCUUCGAUCUUUUUCUUCUGUGGCCUUCGUUGUUGCUUUGGCUUCUUUGUUUGAGCUACCAGUGAUGGCUCUCUCUGGCUGUCUUGUGGUUUUUUUCUUGUGCACUUUCCUUGCGAGUGGUUUGGUGUUGGCUGAUGUUGGAGGGGUUGAGGAUGACAAGCACUUGAUUCACCGUCCGCAUUUGUACAAGACGACAGGUCUAGGUCGUGGGAUUUUUGGGAAAGGGUUUAGACAUGGAAGGUUUGGAAGAGGUGGUCUAGGUGGUGGCGGUGGCCUUGGUGGUGGUGGCGGCCUAGGUGGUGGAGGUGGGCUUGGUGGUGGUGGUGGUCUUGGUGGAGGCGCUGGUGGUGGCUUUGGUGGAGGUGCUGGUGGUGGAGGGGGUCUAGGUGGUGGAGGUGGGCUUGGUGGGGGUGGUGGUCUAGGUGGAGGAGCUGGGGGUGGUUUAGGUGGUGGAGGUGGUGCUGGUGGUGGCUUUGGUGGUGGUUCUGGUGGAGGCAUUGGUGGAGGAGCUGGUGGUGGUGGGGGUCUAGGUGGUGGAGGUGACCUGAGUGCGUGUGAGCCUGGCAUGGCCUGUACUGGCGGAGCCGGUGGCGGAGCCAGUGGUGGCGCAGGCGUGGACGCAGGUGGUGCAGGUGGUGGCGGAGGUCUUGGUGGUGGUGCAGGGGGUGGUGGAGGCCUUGGUGGUGGUGCAGGUUCUGGGGGAGGGUUUGGAGCGGGAGGAGGGUUUGGCAAAGGUGGAGGUGUUGGUGGUGGACUUGGUGGCGGUGGAGGUGGUGGAUUUGGUGGAGGUGGUGGCUUGGGGGCUGGUGGUGGUUUUGGUAGUGGGGGUGGUGCUGGGUUUGGAGGUGGACACUAGAUCGAGUACGUACUAGUUGUUUGGAAGAACGCUGAUCUGCAGCUGGCAACCAUGCACAGCAGUUGUUCUUGACUUGUUUUAAGUCGUAGGAGUGAUAUAUAACGUGUUCAUUCAUAAAGGGAUGAUGUUGUGUUGGUCAUACUUUCUUCUAUUUUAGUCGAGAGAAAAUUUAACUUUGAGCAAUAUUAAUGUUGAUCGAAACUUUCGAAGGUAAAGCGCGCGAUGCAGCUUAAUAUAUAAUAUAUAUCUAAGAUAUAUCUCUUAUGUAUCAGCAUUUGCAGUUGCAGCUAGCUUCGAUCCUGUUGCAAGCAUAUUAUAAUAAUUAUAAGCCUGUAAUUUCUCCCUUGUGAUGAAUAAAGUAAUUCCAAGUCUCGCUAGCUUGUUGGUGUCAAGA